AUGGUGAAUAGUGUCACAAAUAAACGCAUCAAAGAGCCGGCCUCUCACUCUGAAAAUCGGAAGGACAAGAAAAAGGAAACCAAACCAGCAAACAAAGCACUACCGAUCAACGCUAUUACCACCACCUCCUCUGCCUCGUAUUCUUCCUGCUCCUCCGUGGAAUCAUCAAUGGCAGAAGCAGCAGCAGCAGGAGGUUCGCUUGUGGGCAACAACGAAGAUCUCUUAUGGCAAAUUUUCCCUUACUUGUCUCCGAAGUCACUCCUUCGCUUCCAAUGCGUUUCUAGGCAAUGGCUCUCGAUAAUAUCCGACCCCGCUUUCCGCAUCCUCCACGCUCGGACAUAUCCCGCCACCACUUCCUCCUCUUCCGCCACUACCGGCCUGAUUUUGCACGUUAGAUUGCCAUGGCUCGAAACAUACUCGUUCAAUUUCAUCUCUUUCCAUGAAGACUAUAAAAACUCAAUGCAUCACAUCAUAUCUAACUUCAGUGACUUCUCGAAAGGUAAAAUCUGGAAUUUUGAUUCAUGCAAUGGGUUAUGUGCUAUGAGGUUAAGUAUCUUGAAAUCACAAUGCCGCCACGAUCAAGUUGUCGUGUAUAACCCUUCCACUCGUCAGCAUAGGGUUAUUCCUCUAGAAAUAAAAGAUGGAUAUAUUGAAGGUAUGAACAUAGUGUUUGAUCCUUUGAAAUCCGAUCACUUCAAAUUGGUCUUGGUAAGGCGUGUAGAAGAUUAUUGGUAUGGUCUAGAUAAAUAUAUAUACCAUGUGUAUGCAUCCCAAACUGGGGUUUGGCGGCGAAGUGAAGGCACUAAGAUCGGAUGGGACGGUGCAUAUUUUGAGAAGGGAGUGGUAUGGAAUGGAGAUCUUCAUUGGAUGACUCAUCUGGGGCAUACUUUAUGCUUUGAUCUGGACAAUGCGACCCUUCGGCAAAACAUGCCUCCUCUCCUUGAAAGACCAGAGCACGCCAGGACGCAUAUCUUGUUUUUUGGGGUAUCAGGAGAGAAUUUAUGUGUAAUCGGGGAUAAGAAGCUUGGAACAUUGGAUCUUGAUGUUUAUGAAUUGGAGAGGGACUAUUCUAAGUGGAACGUGAAGUAUUAUUGUCUUUGUUCUCUCGGUGCUUUGUAUCCUUCUCUAAUGGACGAAAGGUGGCAAAUACUUUGUAUGCCUGUGGACAAGGAAGACAAAAGUGCAACACUCGUUAUAUGCCUAGAUGAAAAAAUCAUCUAUUAUGAUACUAAAAAUAUGACUGUGACUGAUGUAAAGCAGGCCGAUAAUCAAGGUUGCCGCCGGCCACUCGGUGUGUCAGCAUACAAUUGGACGGAGGCCUACCAACAUAUGGAGACGUUGGCCUGCCUUUAA